UUGUUUAAACCUUGCUGCAGUCAAAAUACAAUAAAUGGGAGUACUAAAAACUAGCCAAUCUUGUAGAAAAUGUUUUCAUUAAUGGCCUGAAAUUAUACGGGAAAAGCUAAAGGUUUUAGUUAGGCAGCAUUAUUCAACGGUAUAAAAAAAUUGAGCAAUUGGAAUAAUUUUAGCCGUUUUUUCUAUAUAAAAUCAAAUUAUUGACUCAAAAUGCGCCUCACCAAUGUCCUAUUCAAGAAGGUGAAGAGCAAACGCAUCAUGGUCGUGCUGGAGAGCGUGGUCAGCGGGCAUCAGUACAAUGCGUUCCGCGAACGCCUGGCCGAGAAGAUCGAGGUGAUACGCUUCGAUCCGUACAUUCAACAGGAUAGCCUCUACCGCGAGCGCAAGAGAAUCCGCAGCGCCUGAACAUGUAGAAUAAAUAAAUGUUACACCACACAAACACACGCAAA